AUGCUUGCAGAAGUUAAAUCAAGUUGUGAAAAUGACUUUUUGAAGACCAAAGUUGGUGGAUCAGAAUUCUGGAUAGGCGGAACAGACAUACAGAAUGAGGGUUUUUGGAUUUGGUCAAGUAGUAAAACCAAUGUAACAUUUUUUGACUGGAUGCCCUAUGAACCAACAAAUUAUGGUGGAGUUGAACAUUGCCUUGAAAUCAACUAUCAAUCAUCACGACAAUGGAAUGAUGACGAUUGUAGUACCAUUAAUCGUUUUAUCUGUGAAAAGAGCUUAUUUCAAUAA